GACGUCACCAAAAUGGCGCGGGAUUACGAAAGUUGCAGACGACAGAAGUCUGUUUUGUCGUCUGUCGCUGAGGAAAUUUUCUCUUUAUCGAGAGUUUAACUUCUUGAUUUCGCUAAAUAUUUCACAACGACUGGAGCAUGUUUAAUACCCAGACGUAACCAGACACUAUGGCUCUAAUGGCCUUUUCUUCUUCCUGCAAGCUUUGGGUGAAAGCACUUUUUCACAAAUGAUGAGAUUUUUAGUGCCAGAGGACGACGGAUCAUAUCUAGCACACGUAUAUAAUUAACAUGCAAACUCCAACAAUUAAACCGCCGAGUAAAAUCGGCAGAAGAUACGACGAAAGUGGUGUCCAGAGCAACGAACUUUCAAAUUUGACUGAUGAUCCUGUUCAAACUGAGGUCAAAAGGAGACCACAAGGUGUCUAUGAACUUCCGUUUGCAAGGGUGUCCAAGACUGUAAAGCGGUACAGAAAGGAGGAGGAUGCUGAGGUCCACCCAAGUAAUGAGACCUUUGACUGGGAUGCCAUUGGAUGUGAUGAAUCAUCGUCAUUCUUCGACAAUUCCUCAACUCUUGAUGAUCUACUUGGAGUGAAGUCAAGUCAAAGGGUGAACAGAGAGGUCUCUUCUGCAUCCUCAUCAUCAAAAGCAAGAUACUGGUUGGAUAGAAAGGACCUGCCUCAUCCCAGCAAGUUGCGAUCAUCAGGGAGAGACAAGAAGAGGAGGAGGAGAGAUGACAAUCAUGUCAACCAUCAUGUUGCUCAACUAAAAAAGAAGCGGACAGACUUUGACUGUUUCAGGUUGGCUUCAACAAAUGCUACUGACGUAAGGGCAAGGGCCAAAAGAGAUAGUGAUGACUCAGUUCAAGAAGAAGAGAAUUUUCAACCACAUACAUACAGUGUGAAGUCCACUAGGAAUAGGGAGAGUUAUGGAAGUCCUGGGUCACCAUCAUCUGCAUGGGAUAUCUCUGGCCACAAUAUGACACCUGGGGUGCAGCAGGUUCCAUCAAUGUCUCCAUUAGAGCUCAGCUUCCUGCAGUACAGCACAGGUCUGGAUGGCGGCAAUGCUGGAAAUCCUUGCUUUGAUCAGGCAUCAUACUGGACUCGGGCAACACAAGCUAUGGAGCCCCAACAAACCUAUCACCAGCAGUAUUCCUCAGAAGCUAGCCUGACAAUCCCUGAAGGACAGCACCACUUCCCAAACUCUGUGGAGACUGCACAGAAAACUCCACUAGUGUCCUCUCUGCCUUCACAAGAUGUUGAGUCUUCUGCUUGCAUCAUCAAUCCUGACCCACUUGGUAUCUUGGCCACAAUGCGUCAGCGAGGGCCCGAAGUCUUCCAGAGAUUCAUGAAUUUGUACACAGAGGAGUGACAUAUUCCAGUUAACGUUCAGCUUUAUGUCAUAACUA